AUGGCUGCUGGUGGGUCGCCAGGGAGUGUCAGCUUGCCCGGUCAAGGAUCCCAUGCUGAAGAGCCGGUAAGCGACACGUCUCGCUUUGUCGCUCCCUUGGCGCGGCGAGGGGGGAGCUCGGCGGGCUCCGCCGCCGACGCCUCCGCGGCCGCGGGCCCUUCCACACCGACGCCGGGCUCUUCGGGCCCCGGGCCGGGUCCGGGCACUGCUCCUGGCAGUCCCUGGCAGUAUCAGCUGAAUCCGCGGGUCCGGGGCCGCGGCUUGGAGGCGAGCCCGAGCCCUGCACUGGGCGUCCGGGCGCUCAGUGGCACACGGACGGUCGUGAACGCUGCAGCGCGGGCCUCCUAUGAGAGUGCUGUCCUCGCCGCUGUGCGAAGGCAGAUCGAAGCCUUCGAAGAGAAGGUGGAAAAACAGAUCAGCAAGCUGCAAGUUCAAGGGGACAAGAGCAAGGACACAAGUCUAAGCAGACUGGAAGAGAAAGUCUCGGCAGCAGAAGGUCUCCAACCAAGGGUUGAAAGGAGGCUUGCAGAGCUCAGCGGCAACUUCAAAGGAUUAUCCGACGAGAUGCAGGCGCAGAUCCGGCGAGUGGAUCUGCUCGACGAUCGGCGGUGGGAGUGGAGACACCAGGUGGAGGAGGAAAUGCAAAAGAAGUGCCAAGGCUACGAGCAGCAGGUGCAGGCCCUGGCCUCAAAGCUGCGCAGCCACGUCGCGGUGGAGGACACGCUCAAGCAGCACCAGCAGCGCCUGCAGAGGCUGGAGUCGGAGCUCCAGCGAAGCUCCUUUCACGAGGAGAUUCGCGAGAGUUUCGGGCACGUCUGUGGGCGCCUUGAACUCCUUGAAGGGCGGUCAGAGGCCUUGGUGGACAAAGCCACAGCUGAUGCUUUACUUGAGCGCAGCUUAGCCACCAAAAGUGAUGAUUUCGUUUCCAGUUCCAUCUACGAAGUGCUCUCGAAGCGCUUGGAGGACUUGGGAGGGCGGAUUGAGGAAGCCUUGCAGGACAACCGCGACGUUCACAGCCGCGUUGCGUCUCAGGAGGAACAAAUCCGAGCUCUUCGGACUCUCUUUGAGACGCGCGAGGAGCACUUGCGCCUCCUGGCAGAGCGUGUAGAGCGAAGCGACUGGGACGUAAAGCUUGAGCAGAUCCGGCAGGCUCUUCAGGACAGCAACAAGCAGAGAACUCUGGAAGCCGAAAGGCUUGAGCUCCUCUCGAAGAAGGUGGAGGACCAAGAGCAAGUCCACGACGACCUUCAGCGGGAGCUGGCCUCUCAUGCCAGCGGCAAGCAGGACGCUGAAAUGGCGGCUGCCGUCGCAGGGCUGGAGGAUCAGCUUAAGACCCUUGGCCUGGAGCUGCAGGAGCUUCGAGAUCAUGAUGAUCUCGGUCCUCGAGUGGCCGACUUGCUCUCACAACUACGGGAGAUUGCUCCCAAGGUGAUAGAGCAGGAGAAGUCCAUCAGGCUGCUGCAAACCAGCGAGCCUUUCCAGAAAGAGAUCCGCUUGUUGCAGGAGGAGAUCGGCACGCUGCGAUCCAGCAUCGCGUCCAAGAGCUCCUCCAGCACAGAUGCGGUGUCUGAAAAGAUCAAAGAGGAAUUGAUGAAAAGCCACGCAGAGCUGCGUGAGCAGAUGGCCGCCUCUGCCCAGGUGACGGCGCAGCUCCGCGAGCUUCAAGAGACGACAGCCACAGACCUGAGGCAACAAGUCGGGGAGUUGAAGACCAGCUGCGAGAACGCUGUAGAGAAGGUUCAGACGGAGUGGAAAGACCACCUGACAGGACUGGAGAAGAGCUUCAAGCAGUUCAAAGCUGAGGCUCACAGCCAGGAGGAGAGCCUGCAAAGCCUCCAGUCGCAGCUGGCACCCCUUCAGGCUGACGGCCCUGACGAGAAGUGGCUUCAGCUCCAGCAGGAUGUGUCAGGGGAGCUCAAGGAACACCGGCACAGAACAGAGGAGAGCCAGAAGGAGUUGGCAUCUGAGCUGUACCGGUUGGUGGAACAGAGCAAGUCAGACGUGAGGACGGAGCUUGCCAAAGCCUUGAAGGCUGUCCAGGGACCUGAACUGGAGCUACAGGAGAUGCUGAUCACAGCAAGAAAAGAGUUGAAGGGCGAGCUGGAAACUCUCCAGGAUCUCCGCAGCAAGAUGGAGGCAGCAGCUGCUGAAGACUCCAAGGUCGCUGGAGACCAGGCGACGGAGUUUCGACAUAUCGUCGAGCAGCAUGCAGCUCAACUGAAGUCCAUGGAGGCUCAGCUGGAGUGCCAGAAGACUCUGAAAGAGGAGCUGGACAGUGCCAAGGACCAAGUGGCCGAGUUGCAGAGUAGUACAAGUGCUCUGAACAUGCCCUCUGAGCGGAUCGAGGCCACGAGGACUUCUCUGAACGCUUUGGAGCAGGAUGUGGCUGGCCUGAAGACCAAACUCAACGCCACUCCGGCAACGCAAGAGUCGGUGGACGAGCUGAAGUUUGUCGUCGAAGGGGUUCAGGAUCGCUUGGAAUCAGCCGCCUUGAAAGAUGAGGUGACCCAUCUUUCUGAGCGUGUCAAUGCACUCAUCGCGGCACAGUUCAAAAAGUCAGGUGGCCAGAGACAAGACCUGGAAGAGGAGUUUGAGAACCUGGCUGCAACCUUGCAAAAGGACGAAGAAGCAGAGUCUGUUGCCCACACCAGGCUGCUGCUAAGAAUCGACGAGCUUUGUCGCAACAUCUCGAAGGCAACCGACGGUGGGGCUAACGACUGGGCCUCGAAGUUCGCCUCCCUGGCGCAUCAAGUUGAGGAGAUGCAGAAAGCUGAGAAGCAAAUGGAGGUGCAGCUCGCGAGUUUU